UCAGUCUGACGGUGGCCAAGAAUGGCUGUCGUAUAGGGCGCAUCUAAUAAUAAUGAAGCGUGAGGGAGGAGGAGGAGGAUGGGAACCAGAAUGGUGGAGGAGCAGCAAGAUGGCGGAAGAUUCUCAGAAGCAGAAGCGACAACACUGCUAUCUCUGCGAUCUCCCGAAAUUUCCCUGGGCAAUACUACUCGAAUAUUCUGAACCUGUAUGCAGGGGCUGCCUCAACUAUGAAGGAGCCGAUCGCAUCGAAGGAGUCGUCGAAAAUGCUCGUCGACUCAAAAGACAAUACAGGGAGUUCAUCGAAGCAACCCGAUCAGCCCCCGCAGUUAGAGAGAGUACGCCCCGGCAAAUAAAACCCUGCAGACGUCUCACUGCAUUACCCGAAGAAAGCAGCCGUCCAGGGCUUGUAAGGGCUGAGAGUUUACCCCCCUCCUAUGAUGGAAGGUACAAAAAAGAUUCAUUAGAAAGAGUGCAUUCUUUUGAUGCAGGUACAACUGCCAUAAAAUCAGGAUUUCCAACGAAUACUUCAUCGGUCAUCGACUGUGUGGUAUCUCAAGCCUUGGAGCGUGGAAGCCCCUCCAGUUCAAACCCAUCUCAACCACAACGCAGUAGCAAAAAAGAAACCAACCAGUUUUUCCACUGCAGCACCUGCCAGCAACGGCUGGAAGACACACACUUCGUUCAAUGUCCAUCAGUGCCAGCCCACAAGUUUUGUUUUCCUUGCACCAAAAAUAGCAUCAAAGAACAUAAUGCUUCCGAGGAAAUAUUCUGUCCUAGUGGAAAUAAAUGUCCUCUGGUGGGGUCCAACAUUUCGUGGGCAUUCAUGAAAGAAGAGAUAGCAACCAUACUUCGAGAGGACCAGAAACCAAAGAAGGACAAAGACAAUUAAAAUGGGUGCCUUUGUAAAAUAGACAUGUUUGAGAUAGCCACUAAUUUUUGAAAUCCAUGCAUUCGUAAAGUCUACCAUUUAAGUAAAACCCGAUUAACUCAAAUAAUACAACGAUUGAAGAACCUCAAACAGAUCUGUUUUAAAAAGGCACCCAUAGUAUUAUAUGUAAGAUAAGUUAAUGUAACUGCCAGACAGAAGUCAUUUUAAGUGUUCUUAACGUCAAAACAUCAAUUAUAUCAAUGCCUUUCCAAUGCUGUAGAAAUACCCACUUUUGAUGUGGAGGUUAUUUAAAAUCGAGUUCUGGUUGAGAGGGCAGAAAAAUACAUUUUGGGUACAUACUAGUUUAUUAAAUUGAAUGGCUUCAUCUAUUCAUGUGCACAAAAAAGAAAAAGAAAAAAAUUCUUAAAAACGAUUUUUUUAAAAGAAAUUGCUUGACCAGAACUCGGCUUUAAACUGCUUAACCAAGGCUUUUACAAAUUGAUAUUCUUGUAUUACGAAUAGAUUUAAAACUUUCAAGUAACUAAGUAGCUUAAUUUUUCAAGUUAUACUUCAUUUGAUGUUGUCACUCAUGUGGAAAAGGAAAUUUCUCUUUUAAAAAGAUCUCUAUAUUUGUGAUAUGCAGGAUUAUAAAAUAAUUUUGAAUAAUUGACAACAAAAUUAUAUUAAACAACACACAAAUUUAUUCCAAAAAUUGGAAAAUACGAUUCUAGAAUUAAAAAUU